UUCACUUUCUCAGUCACCUUCCCUCGAGCUCACAUUCUAUCCUGCACUCUCGCAAUAUUUCUAUUUACAUGAACAGAGUGAAGACUUCACCCGAACACUGAAGAACAUGGAACUUCUACUGAAAGGGGUCACUGUUCUGCUAGUAUUUACAUUUACUGCAUGCGGUCAUCGAGUAUCAUUUCCCUGUUUCAAUUGGACUUUGCUUGAACCGUGUAAGGUUUAUUUGCAAACACGGAAUUUCUGUGAGGUCAAUCAGAGCAUGACACAUCACGAUAAAACAAGAUUAUAUGAUCAGUUGAGACUUACAGAUGCUCUGCAGAAUGUGAAAAUGAAUUUGAGCUUAAUAAUGGAUUAUAGCGACUGUGUGACAGAUAACACUCCUGACCAGAUUAUAAGAUCCUUUGGAAAGUAUUUAUUGAAUAUGAAUGAGAAACUGGUGUCUACACUAGUGAUGAAAACACGCAACUACAACAACGUCAGCUUCUCUGUCAACAAUUUAGAGGUUUACAUUUACAUGGUUGGAUCUGAGACCACCUUGAAUGAAAUUCCAACACUCAUCACAAGCCAGGCCUCUCUGGACAUUGAUCUCAUUGGGAUUUCACAGAAGAAACACGCGUCUGUGGUCUUCAUGAGCUACACCGACAUGAUGGCCAUCUUUAAACCAAGUUUUUUUGACGCAAAUAUCAACUCAAAGAAAAUGCUUAUGUCAGCAGUGGUGACAUUCUCACUUCCCCAAACCAAAAACACAUGGAUCCUUGAGCAGAUCGACUUCACACUAAAACACACCAAAGAGAUAGACCCCAGGGCCAUUCUGUCCUGUAUGAACUGGGAGACUGAAGACUGGUCAAGCUGUUUUGUCUCAAAUACCAACGAAACUCACACUGUGUGCUCUUGUUAUUAUGGGACUACUUUUGCUCUUAUCAGUGAGACGGACCCAUGCAUGAUUGAUUUAACAUUACAUUGUGCAGUGGAUUUCCUGUUUCGGAUGUGGGACUACAUAAAUUCCAACACACGGUUAACACAGGAGACUGUGGAAAAUUAUUUGGAAAUCAUAAUGAAUUUUGUUGCAUACGCUAGAAGUCAAAAUUGGCAAAUAUAUUAUUAUGGAUAUUCAUUAAUGAAUUUAAAUAAUAGACUGGUGUCUAAACUGUGGAGUGAAACAGAGACUUACAUCAGCAUUUUUCGUGAAGAUCUAGAAGUUCAGGUUUUAUUGGUUGGACCUGGUGACAACUUGAGCGAAAACUGCAGCCUCUUCACGAGCCACGCCUCUCUGGAUAUCGAAAUUACAGGCAUUACAGACUAUGAUGGUAUAUUUGUUUAUUAG